UAAAGAAACAGAAGAAGAACUGCUACCCGGAAGUUGGUCGCACGGUGCUGACUGUCCUUUUCCAUUUAGAGCUUAGAGCAUCUCCUCUUUCCUUCACGUUUAAUUUAAAAUGUUUAUAUUAUUUUAAACAUGCGUAACCGCGGAUAGCUCCGUGACAAAGAGCAGGCAAGACGGAGAGUGAUGGAGAUGGUGCAGGUCGGUUCAUUGUGUCCACGGAGAGUCCGCCUCUGAUGCACCAUGAUCCCGGUGCCUCUGCUGGUGUGUGUGAUGGGAGGCUGGUGCGCCGUCUACCUCACCGACACACUGCUGAAGUUGUCGUCGACACACCGGAUCAGGUACGAGUCGUGGUUGGCGAGUCGAGGGCUGAUGUUGUCUCCUUUCCACGUGAGAUGGCAGACCACCAUGUUCAACCGGCUGUUUGCGUACUGCGCCCGCAUCAACCCCCGAGCACAGUACCUGUGGUUCAACAGCGGUCUGGUGUUCGGUGUCGUUGCCAUGCUGGGCUCCGUGGUGCUGCUGACAAAGACGCUGCAGCAGACGCUCGCUCAGAUGACCUCGGACGACCCUCGGAUGGGGGGUCAGCAGGCCCUGCAGGUGGUGAUCCCUGGUGUCAAUCUGCCCACCAGUCAGCUGGCCUACUUCUUCAUCGCCCUGCUGCUCAGCGGAGUUAUACAUGAGCUGGGCCACGCUGUGGCAGCACUGAGGGAGCAAGUCCGAGUAAACGGCUUCGGCAUAUUCGUGUUCGUGGUUUAUCCCGGGGCGUUCGUGGACCUCUUCACCACGCACCUCAGCAUCAUAUCGCCCACUCAGCAGCUCCGCAUCUUCUGUGCCGGAGUGUGGCACAACUUUGUUCUGUGUGUGGCAGCGUUAGCCUUCCUCUUCCUGUUGCCCUUCUUACUGUUUCCUGUGUACUCCACCGGCGGCGGGGCGCUGGUCACCGAGGUCGUCCAGGGCUCUGCAGCUGACGGUCCCCGGGGUCUGGCCGUCGGGGACAUAGUGACCGGGCUGGAGGACUGUCCUGUCAGGGGAGUGGAGGACUGGAGCAGCUGCCUGACUCACCUCUCUCACACCCCACAGACCGGGUACUGUGUCCCCGGCGCCAGCCUGCAGCCCAGCUGGGCCCACGGUCGAGCUUUCAAGCGUUUGGAUGGAACGAUGGACUGCUGCAGCAACAACAGCCUGACAGACCUCUGUUUCUCUUACAUGAGACCUCCGGGCAAGAACAGCAGAGAGAGAGAGUACGCCUGCAUGCCGGUGCGUAAGAUGGUGUCGGGGACGCAGGUGUGUCGCACCGACGCCGACUGUGUCGACGGGCACGCCCACGUCGACGGCAUUUGCGUCACCCCGUCUCUGGAGAACCAGACGCGCUUCAUCCGCGUCACACACCUGCCCAACACACACAUGCUGUUCGUGGGGUAUCCGCCGCACCUGCAGUACGCCGUGAGUUUGACCAAUUUCAUCCCGCGCUUCGGUUUCCUCCACCUGGAUCUGCCCGUCUUCUUGGAGACCUUCUGCAAAUAUGUGGUGUCCCUCUCCGGCGCCUUAGCCGUGGUGAACUCCGUGCCGUGCUUCGCUCUCGACGGUCAGUGGAUGCUGAACGCCCUGCUGGAGGCCACGCUGGUCACGGUGGUAACGGACCGCCAAAAGCGCGAGCUGAUUGGUUUCUUCCUGCUGCUGGCGGGCAGCGCCCUGCUGGCAGCCAACGUGGCGCUGGGCCUGUGGAUGGUCACAGCGCGGUAGCCACAGCGGUGACAAAAAACCGAAAUGAGUAAUCCCCCGUGUGGACUGACAGUUGUUCUCUUCAGGAUGCGUUUCGACACGCGUGGACCAUCUAACUGUGAACAUUACAGGGAGCAGACUGCAUUACCCAGCAGUGCCGCCCGAGCAGAACAUCACUCUGCCUCUAAGGCUUUACUGGACCACCAGGGAAAACAAUAACCAACCUUCUUCCACCUUGUUGCCGCCAUAUUUACUCAGAAAGCACAUACACAAAUAAAUAAUGCACUUACCGCAAAGCACUGUCCUGUGACUGUUUGCAAAGGCUGCACAUCCUUUCCAAAUGUUAAUACCUGUGAUGUGUUGACAGUUUGAGGGAAAGCCGUCUUGUGGUCGUUAACAAAGAUGCCAUAUUUUACUGUAGACGCGCCGCUCGUCUCGGCCUCGGUGUGCUGCAGAGAGAUGCUCACGUAGGUUAGACUGGUCAGAGAAGAGAUGUUUGAAAAGCCUUACAGUUAUUGGCAAAUGGAUGGCAACACCUCGGAUCUCUACGACAAAUGUACUACCUACUAUUGAUGUGACAGAAACUAGCUUCUUAUACGUGUGUGCAUUCAUUAGUUAAUGAAGAUGACUCCGCCAACAUUUUGUAAUAUCGAACAAAUGUUUAAAGGCGGGCGGUCCCGUUUGGAAGUGAAACGGAUUUGCUCCGCUAAGUGUCUUUCUCUUCCUGCUGGGAAAACGACUUUCUCUUUGAACCUUUUCUAACUAUUAGUCUUAAGUGUACGUUUCAUUCUCACUCUCUUGGCCGCUCACUGUCUGGUCGUGUGUCACACUUGUGUAUUUGUGGAAUAAAAAGACUGCUUUAAUUUAA